CUUUCCGCCGAGCGGAGGACGAGCGAGUCGCCGCCGCCGCCAUGAGCUCCAUCCUGGGCGUCCGCAACCUCUACCAGAACCUGCUCAACCUCUCGCUCAGCGAAGAGCUGGACGUGCCCUGCUCCACCCUGCCGUGCCGCCACUCCGCCUGCUCCUCGGACACGGCACUCCACAGCAGUGGGGACUCCUCUGCGCUGUGGCCCCUGCGCAGCCACUGGAGCCCUGGCGGUGAGCAGCUGCGGCCCCCUCUGCGCCCGGACCGUUCGGUCAGCCUCAUUGAGGGCAAGCCCAACCUGCUGCCCCCGCCGCCGGGCUUCCCCCCGCUCAAGCAGCCUGGCCCGGCUCCGUCGUCUCGCUACAAGACGGAGCUCUGCCGCACCUUCAGCGAAAGCGGCAAGUGCAAGUACGGGGCCAAGUGCCAGUUUGCCCACGGCUCGGCCGAGCUGCGCACCGUCAGCCGCCACCCCAAGUACAAGACGGAGCCGUGCCACAAGUUCUACAUCCACGGCGAGUGUCCUUAUGGCUCACGCUGCCACUUCAUCCACUACCCGGAGGAGGCCCAGUUCCCUGGCACUGCCCCCGGCCCGGGCGCCCCCCCUCAGCUCCUGCGCCAAAGUGUCAGCUUCUCCGGGGUGCCGACCACGCGCCGCACCUCCCCGCUGCCCGGCCUCCCGGAUCCUGCCUCCUUCACUCGGGCCCCCUCCGUGUCGCCGCCUCCUGCCUCUGCCGAGCUCCUCUCCCCGGGCUGGGAGCGCCUGAGCGUGGACCCGCUCUCCUUCGUGUCGUCCCUGGGGGACACUCUCCCGGUGGCCCCUGCUGGAGGGUGCUGCUCGUGCCGCUGCAGGAAAUCGGCCAGCUUGGCCGGCUCGCUCCAGAGCCACCGAGACUUCUCCCCAGCCCCCGGGACCCCGGCCUCCGCGGCCCCCGCCCUGCCGAGGACCUCCUCUUCCAACUCCCUCUCGGACCCCGAGUGCUACAGCAGCUCUAGCAGCAUGAGCGGAUCUGACUCCCCUGUCUUCGAUCUGCACCCCCCCGGCGGGCCGGCGGGAACCCCCCACAGGCUGCCCAUCUUCAACCGGCUUUCUGUCUCAGAAUGACGGGGUGGCCAGCCAGACGAGACAUUUCAAGCUUGCUGUCGAUUGCCAUGCAGGGGUGUGCAUCGGAAUGAUGCUCCUGUUGAAGGGGGACCCCGAAUUCCCCCCAAACUGAUGCCAGCUGCUUUUUAGAGCCGUCGCUUCUCCUGAUCUUGAAGUCAUCCUCCUGCCUGCUCUUGUGGGGGGUGCUUUUCCCUCCUCCCACCUGCCUGCCUUACUCCCUUUGAGGGGCCUGGAAAAUGCAUUUCCAGCAAGUAAAGGGGGUUCCAGUUGAUUGCCUUUCACAGCGUAGUGCCUUAAGCGGAGGUUUGUGGUGGGGUCAGCAUGUAAUCAGACUGAGCAGUUGUGCUGAGUGGUGGGCCAAGCCCCUCCCCAGGAGUGACUCUCUCCAUCCUUAUCAUGGCAGCAUCACGCAAAAGGAGGGGGCAGAUCGUUGGGUCUUUGGUAUCACGGAAAUCCCUCUCUUCCUUUCAGGGGAGCCAGGAGACCGAGGUGGGGGUCAAUAUUCUUCUCUCUGGCUUUGCACAAUACACCUGACUGGGCUGAGUGGAGACUGGCGGUGGGUGGCUCAGCCUUGCCCCCUCUCUCUCUUUUCCUGGGUACAGUUCCCUUGACUCCUCCCCUUGAGAAAUUCAGCUGUAAGGGGAUUGUGGUGCCCUCUCCCCCCACUUAAGUCUGGAAUCAUCCCCAACCUGGAAAAGUCUUGAGCUGUGCAAGGAGAAAGGGUCUUCACUCUUUACUUCAACACCUGAGCAUUAUGCCAAGGGUUAACUGUCCCAGGGAGAAAAGGGGGACGCUUACUUGUAUGUAGCAGACUUUUUUUCUUUUUUUCUCCUGUGGUAAGGAGAAAAAGAUCACGCAUUAUGGAAGCCAGGUCGAACCAGAGAAAUGAGCCAAGGUUAAAUCUUGGUUGUUAAUGUAUCUUGGGUUUAUUUUUUAAUACUUUUAAAAUACCAUGUUUUAUACUGUGAAUAUCCUCUCCCUAUUUAGUCCUCCAGCAAAAAUAGGUUGAGAAUUAAGGGGAGGUGCUGAAUUUUAUCUUUUCCCCUGCUUCAUGGCCUUCUGAGGUUUUGAAAUAUUGGCAGGGCAAUCACUUUUUUUCCCCUUUGGAGUGCUCUGACACCGAGAAGUGUGAAUCCCUGUUGGUGCAAGAGAGAGGCUGUUUCCUCUUCACCUCCUCCCAUAUUCCUAUGCCAGCUGCGUAGGCGUAAAGCUCUCCCCUGCUGGAGAAUUUGGAUCCAGUUGACGGCUUUCUUGCCCCUGUGGGGGUGAAAUUUCAGGCAAGCUCAGCCUUGGAUUGGUCGUGCAAGAGAGAACAACUUAAGACUGUGGCUACCCCUGUUCCAUGGGGAAUUCGGAUCUGCGUCUAACUGGGUGUUCAGUCACAAAGUCUCAUAUUCCAAAUUUACAAAUUCCAGAAUUUGUACUCUCUUCCUGGGUCGCCCAAGGAAAUAUUUAGCCCACUCUCCAAUUCCAUAAAAUUAAGUCUCUGGAAAUCCUGCUCCUUCAGCCCCCUGUUCUUUGUGAGGGGGGAGGAUUCGGAACUGGGCCCAAGAUUGCCAAACGUUCUCUGCCGGUGUCAGAGAUAAAAGUGCCAGAAGUAGGGCUGUUUCUCGCUGGGCAAGAAGCCCGGGAGCCAAAGCGCCGAAAAUGGUGUCCUGUUGCUUUAACCUCGGUUAAAGUGGACAUUUUGCACUGAUGGAGAGCAGUCUGGGAGGGAGGGGGAGAGGGUGCCUUUUGUUUCUAAGCCGAUGUUGAUGCUAGUCACACCUGCGUGUCAUUUUUGUGGUGGGCGUUUUUUAAAUCCUCAAUGUUUACCUUGUAAUAAGGCAAUAACCAAAACCAAACUAUUUAUAGAGUCUAUUUAUUCAAAAAAAUUUUAUAUUGUAUUUAUCUUUUUUGUAAUAUUCCAGAAUAAUAUAUAUAAUAUCUAUAUAUUUUUGUGUGUGAACUAUGAAGCAAAUGAGAUUGUGCUAAGGUUUAAAAUGGUUCAAAAUGUUAGCUUUUUUUCUUCGCUAGAAAAAGAGACUUUUGCUAUUUCUUUUCUGAAUCUCUGACAGAUAAUGGUGCAACCAAUACUCAGUUAAUAAUAAAUCUGAGGAUCAGAA